AUGGAAAUUAAUGAUAUUGAGGUUGAGGGUGCUAUGCUAACUACUCCAACUGUGGGAAGUGAAGUUCAUGCAGCGACUGAAUCGCAUUCGCAAAAUGAGAGUGUUCCAAUUGAGGCAAAUGAAGCAACUCUAAAUAACACUUUAGAUGUUGAAAUUUCGGGUACAAAUGGUGAAAAGAAAAGAAAAUUUAGAUCUAUUACAUGGGAUCAUUUCGAGAAAAAAUUAAUUGAAGGAAAAUGGAAAGCGCCAACAAAAUCCAAUGAUGGGACAACGCAGCUUGGGACAUACCAUUUCAACCAAGAUCAAGCAAGGGCAGAGCUUGCAAAUAUGAUUAUAUUGCAUGAGUACCCGUUAUCUUUGGUUGAUCAUGUUGGCUUUAGAAGAUACUCUUAUGCAUUGCAACCAAUAUUUAAAGUUCUUUCCCGGAACACAAUCAAGACAGACAUCAUGAAGAUAUUUGAGUUUAUAUAUGUGUCGUGUCCACAUACUGCUGAGGUCCUCGCAAAUGCACUUGUUGAUUGCCUCUUGGAUUGGAACUUGUAUCGUAAGUUAUCUACUUUAACCGUUGAUAAUUGCACAACUAAUGAUGCUAUGAUUGAGCUUAUUCUAGACAAGCUUCCUCCGAGUUCACUUAUCUUAGAAGGAAAGUUAUUUCACAUGCGGUGUUGUGCCCAUAUUUUGAAUUUGGUUGUGAGGGAUGGACUAGAAUUAAUCGGUGAUAGCAUUGAAACAAUUCGUUAUAGUGUUGCAUUUUGGAUAGCAACACCAAAAAGAGAUGAAAAAUUUAUUGAAACAGCUCGACAAUUGAAGGUUCCAAGCACAAAGAAACUAGAACUUGAUUGUAAAACACGAUGGAACUCUACAUAUUUAAUGCUUAACACUGCAUUGGAAUAUGAAGCUGUGUUUGCUCGCUUGAAACAACGUGGGACUUUAUAUAAAAGAGUUCCCACACAAGAAGAUUGGUCAAAAGUGAGAGAUAUUUCUUCCAAAUUGGAGAUGUUUUUUGAUGCCAUAGAGUUGUUUUCAGGGACCAAGUAUCCCACUAUAAAUCUUUUCUUCUCAACUAUUUGCGAUAUUAAGUUGGCAAUUGGUGAUUGGCUUCUCUUGGAUGAUAAUUUGGUGAAAACAAUGGCAACAAAUAUGAAAGUAAAAUUUGAAAAGUAUUGGGACAUAAUGAAUUGUUUAUUGGAAAUUGGGAGUAUUUUAGAUCCGAGGUACAAGAUGAAGACAGUUCAAUUCUAUUAUCCUCUUGUUUAUGGUGAUAUGUCUUCGUAUGAGAUUGAAAAACUAAAGAAAAAGUUGUGUGACAUGGUUGAAGAGUAUGAGAAGAAAUUCAAACAAUCGCAGAAAGUGAAAAAUUCACAAUCUUCUUCUUUAAGGCCUCCACUUCCUAAGCGUGGUAGUUAUGCUGAUAAAUUUGAGAUGUUCAUGGAUUCUAAUACUAGUACUGAACAUAAGUCAGACUUGGAUUAUUAUUUAGAAGAGUCUCUUUUGCCAAGAACAAGUGAGUUUGAUAUCUUAUGUUGGUGGAAGACAAAUGGGAUCAAAUAUCCCAUUUUGCAUGAUAUUGCUAAGGAUGUGUUAGCUAUUCCCGUGGCAACCGUUGCUUCGGAAUCAACAUUCAAUACUAGUGGGAGAGUUUUAAAUGCUCACCGUAGUAAACUUCAUUCUAAAACUGUUGAGGCUUUGAUGUGUGCUCGAGAUUGGUUAUGGAGUGAAAUUCAGGAUUCUACAAUUUCAAAGGAUCAAAAGUUUGACCAUGAUGCUGAUAUUGAGGAGUCGGAGUCAUGCUCACGCACAGUCACAGACAGCAACUCUAUAGAAGGUUAG